AUGCGCCUGCCGUACAGCAUGGCGGCUCCCAGCGGGGCCCUGCGCCUGCGCACUCGCCUCGCCGCGCCCCGCAUGGGGAGCGCCUGGAGCCGGGAGCGGAGCGAGGGGGGGGGGCUGCUGGCGCUGCUGGCGCUGCUCGGCCAGGAGGCGGCCGCUGAGGCGCCGAAGGUCGAAGUCUACGCGCGCUCACGCGCCGAGGAGGGAAAGGCGAACACCCUCCACUGCUUCGUCAGUGGUUUUCACCCACCCAAGAUUGACAUCGAACUCCUGAAGAACGGGGAGCCCCUUCCCGACGUCCAGUACGGAGACUUGUCCUUCAACGACAAGUGGCAGUUCCAGCGCCUGGUCCAUGCGCCCUUCAUCCCCACAAGGGGUGACAUCUUCGUUUGCAGGGUGGCGCAUUCUACCAUGCCGGAGCCACGCAGUUACCGAUGGGAACCAGACUUCUGAGCUGUGCCUGGGGCAGUUCAUGAUCUGAGAAAUCCUUGCAAGACAAAGUCUUCUCAAGCUUGUGUCCAUUCUUCAUUAUAUCCACAGGAGUGAUCAACUUCCUUUCAGAAAUUCGCUAAUAAGCCUUGUUAAAAAUAUCACUUAGCCACAGCAUCAAGGGAUCUCUGCAGACUUUUUGAGCAUCUAGCUAAAAAUGCCCACAUUACUGCUUAAAAAACAAUGGUACCUCUUCACGGGUCCAAAUUUUUCAGGACGCUUAUACCUUAAUAAAAUGCUAGUCCUUAAAAUGUGUCUUCAGAGUAAUUCGACAGCCCAAGCUGAUUGCACAGGCUGUGAUGGCCACUGGGUUGUGGGUGGAUAUGUAGUCCUGGUGGCAUGAUGGUCAGUUGUGGUUUUUUCCCCCUGAGAAUAUGCACGAGCAUCUUUCCAUCAAUAAAAAGAGAAUUAAAG